CCCGCGAGACGGGGUCGUAGAUGCACACUGCCGUAGAGUCCCACAAUAGGAUGAAAUGGCUAUCCAGUGUUUCAAAUUUUUUCAGCUUCAAUUGACUCAUGAUCUCAACUAUUGAAAUUACUACAAUCUCCACAAAACCUCUUCUGAAACAAAUUAAUCAUCUUUAUGAAAUUACUGACAUUAUAUUAUGGCUAAUAUUAUAUUAUCUGUAUAAGAUAGUUUAAUUACAGAAUCGUACUUUCACUCUAGACAACAUUAUCAGGAUUUACGGUUUAUAUAGAAGCAUUUCACUCAGUUAACAUACUUCUAUCACAGUAUCCAACAAAACUCUAAAUCUUAUUCAUUAUUCGAUUUUUUUUACAUUUUUCUCUUUUCAAAAACAUUCUUAUUUAUUAUUAUUCUUUCUUGAUUUAUUUGUCAAAUGAUAUAGUUCAAAUUUUCAUAAAUCUCCAUGGACAAAUCAAAUGAAUUCAAGUGAAUUACCUCAAUUUUUCCAAUACUUCAGGAUACGUAUAAUGGCACGUUUUAUUUUAGCUAGUUCUGUUUUACAUGAUAAAGAUGUACUUGGUGGACGUAUUAAUCAAUAUGUUGAUGUAACUGAAUUUACAAUACAUCGUUUACGUUUAGAAUAUAUUCAUGAAAAUGUAAUUAAUAAUAAUAAUAAUAAUUUAUUAAAAAAUUCCAAUGAAAAUUAUAUAAUCAAUCUAAAUCAAUCAAUAAUUAAUCAUUAUAAAUUACCAAUACGUUUAAUAAAAAUAGGUGAUCAUUAUAAUCAAAAAUUAUCAAAUCAAUUAUCUUCUACAUUAUUAUUAUCCUCAUCAUUAUCCUCAUCAAUAAAUUCUAAUCAAUUAAUUAAACCAUUACGUGUAUGGAUUAUUGGACAAUCAAUUGGUAAUAUCAUACAUUACAAUAAUAAUAAUAAUAAUAAUAAUCAAUCAUUAUUAUUAAAAAAUGAUGAACAAUUUAAAGAGCCAAGUAUAACUGUUCAUGUUACAGAUGAAACAAGUAUAUGGCCUGUUGGAUUAUCUGCACAAUUAGUAACAGAUUUCUCUAUCUCUGUUAGUCAUUCAUCUGGUAUGGAUGAUACACAUCAAAGAACAAGUUCAACUCUAUCAUCUUCAAAUAAUAAUAAUAAUAAUAUUGAUAAUAAUAACGAUAAUUUAUUCUUAUCAUCAUCAUCAUCAUCAUCAUCUACAGAACGUAUGCCAAUUCUAUCUGGUGUUUAUUCACUUAAAAUUGAAUUAAAAGGUAGUCAAUUAACUCAUAGUGGAUCAAUUAAUUCAGAAUUUAAUCAACCAAAUUUAUAUACACAUAGAAAAAUGUCAAUAUUAUCUAAUAAUAAUAAUAAUAAUGAUAAUUAUAAUUAUAAUAAUCAAACAAAUCAAUUCAAUGCAGUGACAAUCGGUAAUCCUAUUGGAUUUCUUAUUGUAUGGAUACAUUUAUCUGAUGGUUCAUCUAUUUUAUGGAAUCGAAUGACUGAGAUUUAUGAACGACUUUAUGGAAAAGAUAAGAUUCCAAUGAACUUAUCAAUUAAAAAUUGUCGACCUGAUCUAUUCUGGAUUGAAACUAGUUCACCUGGAUUAGUAGAAAGAAAACAACGUUCUGUAAGAGGAGUAUCUCCAACUUCAACUUUUUUCACAUCAGAAUCUCAGAUUUUAUCGAAAUCUCCAUUUAUUCGACAAAAUAAUGAUAGAUUUUUUGGAUUAUCUCGUCGUUCAGUACGUAUGAAACCACAUUUACUUCGAACUGGUGAUCAUUCCAUAUCACGUAAUCAACAAACAUACAGAAAGGUCUUACGUAAUGGAAUUGUAAAGAACAUAACAUUAAUUAAUGCAAGUAAUUAUUGGUCUGGUCCAAUAGUAUGGUUUCUUCACAGAAAAAUCAAAUUUUCUGGUGAUAUAUUAGAAGUUGGGCUAACAUCACCAAGUGGAAAUCUUCUAGUUCCACAUGUUCGUAUUCGUGGUGAAAUAAUAACUCCUAAAAAUAGUUUAGCAAUGAAUGAAUACUUAGAAAGUAACGAUAAUUCUGAAUUUAAUUCAAAAACUAUACAAGAAAGUAAAACCAAUGAAGGCAAUAUACAUGGUUCUAUGGCAUUUAAAGAUGCUCCUGGAUUUCAAAAACUGGAUUAUUAUCAUCCAAUGUAUUCAUCAUCUUUAUCAUCAUCUUCAUCAUCAGCAUUAUCAUCAUCAUCUUCGGAUAAAAUCUCAAAUUCUCAAAACCCUCAGCUAUCUAAUACUGUUUCUAUAAAUUCUGAUGAUAUUAAUGUAGAUGAUAGAUUGUCUAUUUUAUCUGAUGUUGGUGGUGGAAAUACUAAUCAUAUAGAAAAUAAAGAAUUAAUGCAAGAUAGUAAAAAUAAACCAUCCAUUAAUCCCAGGAGUGGUAGUCGUAACAGUAACAGUGGUAACAAUGGUAUUAAUGAAAAUAAUGACAGGGCUAACGAAGCAAAAACUAGUUCAAGACCUGCAUUAGAAAUGAGUAUGUAUAUUUUACUUGGUCUAUUUGCUGUAGUUGGACUUGUAUUUGCUGUCAAUUGUGGAGUUGUUGUUGUACGUUAUCGUUGGGAGAAGAUGAAUAUGGAUAAUACUGACGGUAUCGACAAUGCUACUCAUAAUGGUAGCUAUAGUAUUGCUAGUGGUUGUAUUCGAGGAAAAUGUAAUAAAUCACUAAAUGAUGAUAACAAUCACUCUCAAUCUUUAACACUUACUGACCCAGUAUCCAAUAAUAAUGAGGUGACAGAUCAUAAUCAAUUAAUGUCGGCUAUUUCUACUUCGUCAAAGUAUAGUUGGAAAUAUCAUCCAAAAAGUGAUGCUGAUAAUCAUGACAAACUAUUGCCCACUAAUAUUAAUAACCAUAACAAUAAUAAAGAACGGAAACGCACUAAACGAUCUGCUACAUCAGUGUUUGGCAGUCGUCAAAAACACAAGCCAUUGUUACAUCGCGAUUCAAGUUGGGUAUGGGUCGGUCGUCAACAUGUUAUUAGUGAACAAAAUGAAACUGAUAAACUAGAUGAAAACUCAAAUCCUCAUCGCCAUCACCAUAGUCAGCCACUUGGUUAUAAUUCGGAAUUAACCAAUUUUAGCAUAACAGCGCCAACUUCCACUACUAAUAAUAUUAUUAAUAAUGGUAGUAAUAUUGGUGUACCAAAAAUAGAUGCCAGUUUAUCUCGUUCAAAUAAACGUCCGGUGCAAUUUAAUGGGAUGAAGAAAAAUUCUACAACUGCUGUAUUAUCGGUUGGUGAAGCUGAUUUGUUAUUAUUACAGUCACCAUAUCGUGAAAGUGUAUGGCAAGAUACUUUACGUUCAGACACUAUAGAAUCAGAUUCACGUUUCUUAUAUGUAACAAAUGAUAAUCUUACACAACAAUUUGGAUAUACAGAAGAAAUACAACCUAAUUCAUUUUUAUAUAACCAAUUGUCUAUACCUGACAGUAAUACACCUAAAAAUGAGUGUCAAACACUUGGUCGUCACUUGAAACGUCAUACAACAGCAUUUACGCAGCGCAAUUAUCAGGGUCAAGAAUGUAGUAUCAGAAUAAUUAGUAAUCCAAUGUCAAAUAAGAAGCAACAUUAUCAUGUUCAACAAGAACUAACUCAACAAUUCCUUAAUCCGCAACUUUUCCUAUCAGAUUAUUCUCCAGAAAAUAUGAAAUAUAUCAAUCAACAAAGUAAUAAUAAUAAUAAUAAUACAUUAACAAACUCUGUAAUAGUUAGUGAAUCCUGGUUAAACAACUCAAAUCCAUUGAUGAUGUUAAGUGGAAGCGCUAGUGCGUCAUUACAUCGUAAACAAAUAUCAUCAGUUUAUUUACAUGAUGAUCUGUUGAAUCACAAUGAUAUUACAUUAUCAACUAUGAAUAAAUCGAAAAACAUUACAAAUAUAAAAAAUUCUCCUGUGAUCUCAUCACCAACUAAUCAACAUCAAUCUGUUUGUCAAAUGUUAUCACCUUUAUCUAUGUGUCUAUCACAAGUUUGUAAUGAUAAAUCAAAUAUGACUACCUCUUCCCAACAUCAACAUUAUCAGCAUAAUGUUAAUCAAGAUUGGAUGAUUUCAGGUUAUCGUAGACAACCUUUAUUAAAUACAGAUGAUAUACAUCAUAAAGAUUUAUUAGAGCAUAAUAAUAGUAAUAAUCAAUCUACAAUAGAUAGACAAGAUUGUACAACAAUAGAAAUGUUAAAUGUUUCUUCACCUAUAUGUCCAUUGAAUUCUCCAUGGCAAAUAAGAAAAACAUUAGAGAAAUCAUUAAAACGUAAUCAAUCUGAUUGUUGUUCAAAUAAUCAACAAUGUGAAUUACACAGUCCAUUAAUAGAUCAUAAUAAUAUAAAUGAAGAUCAUUUACAACUUAAUGAAAUGUUAGAAUUAAAUGAAACUAGUUCAUUUAGUCAAAGUCCACCAAAUCCUCCAAUAAGAACUACAAGUCGUGGAGCUAUUACUUAUCAUACACUUGGUCAUUUAACAAGACAUAAUAAUAAUAAUACAAAUAAUCAAUAUCCACGUCCACUUAGUUUGCCUCAAAGUUUCCAUGUAACAAAUGAAUUGUAUUCAGCAUUAUGUCAAACUGAUUCUUCUAAAGAAUGUGUAAAACUUUUAACUGAAAAUGUUCAUAAAAAACAUAAAACUAAACAAAAUAACAUUGAUACUAUUAAUAAUAAUAAUAAUAACACAUCAGAAAUUUGUCAAGAUUGUCUUUUCUCUUCAUCAUAUGAUAUUUUAUCAAAAUAUUUAAAUAAACAACAAAGUCCAAGUGAAGAAAGUUUAUGGUGGUAUCAUCCGGUACAUCAAAAACGACGACGUAAACGUAAACAUCAAUCUAAAAAUCAUGUUGAAGAUAAUAAAUCUAACCAUCAUCAUCAUCAUUAUCAUCAUCACCAUCAUCAUUUCCAACACCAUCAUAAUCAUCAAAGUCAUUGUGAUCAAUCAAUUUCAAAACAUCAUCAACAAUUAGAUAAUUAUAUAAGUAAUAUAUCAGAACAAUCAAGAGAUUUGUCGAUUCCCAUGAUCACGAAAUGUGAUACUACUGAAUUAAAUGAUAAUGAAUUAACAAAUUCUGUACUGUAUUCAGAUAAACGAAUUGAUUCACAACAAAAUCUAUGUGAAUCUAUAGAACAUAAUGAUUUAAAACCAAAUACCGUUGUAAUCAAUGAUCAUGAAAAACCAUUAUCAUCAUCAUCAUCAUCUUCAUCAUCAUCUUCAACAUCAUCAACAGCAAUAAUACCAUUACAACAACAAUAUCAUUCCAUAAAAUCUUAUCCUAAAAAUAUUAAUAAAUAUCAAUUAAUGAAUUCACAAUCAGAUUUAAGUUGGGAACAAGAAUUAUUAUGUUUAUCACAUGAUCGUUUAGUUGCUUAUUUUGCUGAAAUGAAAGAAUCUAAUGCAUAACUAUUACCAUUCUAUCCAUCUAUCAAUAAUAAGAAGAAGUACAAUUAUUUGUGAUAAUUCAAUUAUAUUCAUUAUGAUUUAACUCUAUUUAAAACAUUAUAAUAUUGAGAUAAUGAUUAUAUUAGGUAUAACUUUUAUUUCAUUCAAUAUAUUCCAUUCUAUUCAUUCAAUUAUAUUGAAUUGAUUUCAUUAUGUAAUAUGUAAUUUUAAUUAACUAUAAUAUUUCAUUAUAAUAAUUAAUCAUUUGUAAAUACAUUGAUAUAUAUAUAUAUAUACAAUUAUUUAUUCAUAGGGAUUCAUUACAACUAUAUCAAUUACAAGUUUUUAUUCUUCUUCUUCUUUUUUUUUCUUCUUUUUUUCUUUUUUUCUUCAAAAAAAUUUUCUCUUUUCUUAUUUUCUAUUUAUUUUAUAUAAUUUAUUUAUGAUCAAAUAUUUGAAAGAAAAAAUAGAUAAAAAUAAUUAAAUAAAACAAAUCAAUAUUAACCUAACAACAGCAACAACAACAACAACAACAACAACGUGAACAACAAUAAAGAAGAAAAAAAUAUUUGAACAUCAAAUAUUUAAUUGAUUUUUUUAAUUUUUUUCUUUUUUUGCUAGAGAAAAUUAAAAAAAAACCCAUUUAAAAUAUGAGGAAAAAUAAUUGUUUUUUUUUUCUUUAAAAAAAAGUGUCACUUAUUUGUUUAACAUUUUAUUCAAUAGAAAGUAAUAACAAUAAUAGAAGAAAAAAAAGAAAAUUGUAAUCCUAUGACGUAAUUCUUAUUAUUUAUAUGAAUGAUAUCAUUGAACUAUUGAAAUGAUAUACACUGUACUACUUAUUUUGAUGAUUAAUACUAUUUACAUUUCUAUCUUAUACAUUAUAAUAGGGGAUUACAUAGAAUUUUAUAUUUAUAAUAAUAUAUAAGAUUUUUAAUUCAUUAAUUAGACAUAAUAAGAUAAGAAAUGCUAUGUGAUUUGAUUUGUUUGUUUGUUUGUGUGUGUGUGUGUGUGAAAGAGAGGUUGAAGAUUGAAGGAGUUUUAAACGUUGAUAAACAUUAUUGCCUUUAAAUUAACUUACUAUUCUUAUAGAGAAACAUUUACUAUUCACAAUAAAUGGAAUCUAAUUUCAAUAAUGUUAUAAGUAAGACAAUAAUAGUUUUUAUUUUUAAAAGGGACAAAUUGUUUGAAUUGUAUAUGUUUUCUUUUACUUUUUACAUAUGACUGUUAUAUGAUUGAUAAUUGAGCGCCUUGAUUGAAUCUUUCUUUUUUGUAUUUCUUAAACAAUUACAUAUUGUUAACUGGAGAAUGCUUUUUCUAUUUUAUUUUAUAUUCAUCUAGCUUUGAAUUCCUUUUUGUUGCUCUUCUGUUUUAUCGUUCUUCGUUGUCGUCGUCUUCUCCUUCUUCUUGUUAUUUCAACACCUUAGUAUAUUUAGCAGUUUAUUUUGUAAUUUGAUAUCAUCUAUUAUUAUGUAAUCUAAUUUUAAUGUUUUUUUAUAAUCAUGAAGUGAUAAAUUGAUGACAUUGUGUUAAACAGUCAGAAAAACGGACAGUACAAAAAUCAUAGUUCCUAUCAUCGGAAUUAAUGCAUUUUCUUCUUCUUUUUUGUUGCUGACGCUGUUGUUGUUGUUGUUAUUGUUUUCUAUCCAUUGAUUUUCAUUUUGUUUAGAUAUUAAUUUAUUAAGGGGGUGGUGGUGGUGGUGCGAAUGUUUAUUAUUAAAUAUUUCAUAUUCAUACUACUGAUUUCAAAUUAUAUAAGUAGAUGAUAUACUUUUAAAACAAUAUCUUCAAAAUUUUUAUUUUAAUCAUUGUCUUUUUUUUUAUUUCUACUAUAAAUUGACAAGUUAUUUUACAAAUAAUUUAUGGAGAAAUUAAAAGAAAAAAAAGCAUUUUACAAAACAAAAACAGACAAACAAACAAAGAUAAAACAGAUAAACAAACAGACAAACAGAUAAACAAACAGACAAACA